UUAAUAAACCUGUGCGCCUUCCUCAACUCUUGCUUGAGCUCUCUCACAACCCCAUUUUCAGAUCAUGAUAGAGGGCGGUUUGAUGUCCAUGCCCUCAUGUGAGGAGUCCAUAUUGAAUUGCUCACUGGGAACCCCUCGAGAGUGCUGUCGGAAUUCCCGACUGAUCCUGACCAAAAAUGGGCCUUGUUAUAGAUUGAAGUGGUCAGGUCCAGACAAGCGAGAAGACCGUUCUAUCGACAACUCGCUUGGAUUUUACGUCAAACAAGCACGCCAUGAUUUGAACCUGUCCAUCACGUUAAGUGGAACCAGUUCCAGCCGCGUGGGCUAUCCCAUAAUGAAUGCCAAAUACUUUGGAAAAGGCUAUUUGUGCCCAGAGAACUGGGGUGACACCGAGGCUGGGGUUAUGUGUCGUUCUUUAGGAUUUAGUGGGGGAGAGCGGUUCUUUAUGGAUGGCGCACCGACAUUCGGUCCAUCAAACAUAUUUGGACUUCGCAUUCAAUGCAAAGGCCAUGAAGAAUCACUAUUGGAAUGUGAGAGCGAUUAUCGUGACUUAAGUGGCAACACUCUCUCGCAAUGCGAGAUACAAACUCCAGUGGCCAUUAUUUGUGAUCAAGGCGCUAUUGAAUUGGAAGCCAAUCGGAAUAUUCGUACCAGAGGUUUGGCCUUUAUCAAGGCCAAGCCAAACCGAUCUGCGGAUCCAGAGGAGUCCUACUUUUGCGCAGAUAGUUUCAGCAAUAAAGAGGCUUUGGUAUUCUGCAAGAUGCUCUCAUGGGAAUUCGGAAAAGCGAUCAGCCUUCCUUAUUCCAACCUGACCACUUAUUCGUAUCUCCACGGAAUUUCCUGCGGAUCUAAAAGUGAAGAGCCACACAUCUUGGGCUGUUCAAAGUAUGGAAACGGAUCCACACCAUGCACCAAGGGACCCGCGGCAGUGGAGUGCAGCCCAGGAUAUCCAUUUACAUUGAGACUUCUCACCGGUCCGAUGGGACGUAACAUGCCGCCGGAAGCCGAACUGGCCGUCGGUUAUCCGGUGAUAGACACUCCCUCAAGUCCGGGAUUCAUCUGUGAUAGGCAUCUGAACGAUGAGGUCGUGGGAAUGAUUUGCAAAGCGCUUGGAUUCAAAUUCGGACGGAAAUUGCCAUCAGGUCUUUAUGGCCACCCUCAGGUGGGCAAGGACCUCCUUUUUGUACUGGAAAAGCUCGCAUGCUCGGGUAACGAGCGCUCCAUAUUUGAAUGUCAAAUUGGACCCUGGGGAGCCCAUAAAUGUGACGAGGCCGAGAUUCUGAGCCUGGCGUGUGCUAAUGACAAGUCAAAGUUUGAUUUCGAACCCGUUAUUGUGAAUCAAGACUCUCUGGAGGCCCUGGGCAGCAAUCAAAAUGGCUUUGUCGGGAUACAGACAUCUCUGGGGAUCAUCCCAGGUUGCCAAGGCACCCAAACUAAUGGUGCGCGGCUCUGGGGAGAUCGAGAGGCCAAUGCGUUAUGUCUUGAGAAAGAAUUCGAGUGUGGGAUGCUUAAUCGAACCACAGACCGAUUGGAACGCGUUCUCGGUCACGACGGCUUCCUUCAGGACGUUUUUGCUCGAUUCAAUUGCUCAGGGAAGCAUGAAGAAUUGACGUCCCUGAUGUCCUGUCAACCUCGACUGAGCUCAACUUGUCCCAGUCGGGAGACAGGAUCGACCAUUUGUCUUUAUAGGUCACACCCUGAUUUUGAGCUAUGCAAAUUGUUGCAAACUGAAUUCCAAGGCAGAGACAUGACGAGCUCCUCCUACCUUCUUCAGAGAGACAGAACACUCCAUUUGGAAAUUGCCUUUCAAAACGAGACCAAGACGGGAACCGAAAUUCAAGGAAGCUGCAAAAAUAGCACAAUAUCAUCCUCUCCUAUCAAAGUUUUUGUGGGAGACCUCGGGGAGGCGGGAAAGGGAAAUAUGGUGGCUUUAGAACGACGAUCACGCACUGACAUCCAAGUUUCGGCUAAAUUGAUUGAUACCACAGAACAAGUAAUGAGAGAAUGGACGUGGGAAAGUGAUCGAUGGUGCCGCAAUGGGGAUUUGAACUACUCGCGAAAGGAUUGCAGCUUGCAGUGUCAGGCCUCAUUGGCCAUGGCCGUGUGUGAUUGCCUGCCUUGGUCUCUCUCGCGGACGCCCUUGCCUGAGAAUGGCCUCUCCACAAUUUGUACGGGCGCCUCGAUCUUGUGCCUCCGGAAAAUUGAAACAACCCUUGAAGUGGCAGCUCGAAACAUUACUCUCGCCGAGAGGAUCCUUCGAGGCCAGGAAUUGAAUAUUAAUGGCUUGGGGAAUGUGAGGGAUCGCUGUCGAUGUCCACCUCCAUGCCAGGGAGUUGUUCAAUACCACGUGGAAUCAACAACCUUUAGGGGUUCCCAAGGGACUUGUGGAAAUGAAGGGGAAAAUGGAAAUGCUUGGUUCCACCUCUACCUUGAUCGCACAGCCUCGAUAAGCUACCUCCGACGAACUAAGCUACCAUGGGAACUUCUCUUGGCUUUAGUCGGAGGAGUCAUGACCCUUUUCUGUGGAUUUAGUCUCAUCUCCAUCUUGGAAUGGGUAUACUUUCAUACAAUACGAUGGUGGCACAAUGCCCAUGACCCAAUGGUAUCCGACGGCAAUUAUAAACCCUUAGAAGACGGGCUUGAAGGUCAAGAUCCUAUUCGAAGAUCCUAUUCUGACCCUGAGCUGGGACCCAAGGUCCAUUUCAAAGAUGAGCCGAUUACAAAUGGUGCAUCCCGGCAAUCCACCGGUCUUCGACGUCGAAAUCAAUCUCGGACAACAACAGCAAUAUCAAGGAAGAGCGUUCCACCUCCCUCUAGGAAUUUGUCCCUGACCUCAGUGAAAAACAGCAAAUCUAGAGUGAGCACCGCUGCGAACACAUCUGCCAGGAGCAAGCCUCUUCGGACCAGAUCCGUCAAAAGCACUACUUCAAGGAGAACCAUCGACCAUAAUGGCAUGCCACCUCUAGACGGCAUGUAAGAACCGGUUUCAUUACCCUCGCCCAGCCCAAGCGAAAAAAGGGCGACCCUAUAUUUUGAUCACAGUUUUGUCCUUUGGUUCUGAAUCAGACUAGAAAUCCGGAAAUAAAUCCUACCUGCAUGACGAAAUCUCUUCGUCGAGGCACGCCCCUUUCAGCCACGAGCGUGUAAACGGGCUCUUUCUCGCGUUUGGCCUGUUGGAUCUGAAUUAAUCUCGAGAUGGGGUUGAUGGUGAGGCCACCGUAUUCGGGGUUUUCUUUUUGAUCCACUUUGAUGAGA